UUACAACUACAUGUACAACCUAUUUUUACAAGCUAAGUUGAGGUGUUCUUGCAAUAAAUAUUGCGCAGAAAGUUUGUUGGCUGGCUGAAUAAUUAUUACGGUGUACACUGUUACAGCAUAAAUGGCUGACUCAAGGAGAGAAGUGGACAACACAGCCAGUGUGAUGGCAGACAAGUCUUGGAUUUAUGUGCAGAAGAAAACAUUCACCAACUGGGUCAAUGAUAAGCUGAAGGCCACAGAGGCUCGAGUUGAAGACUUGCAGAUAGACUUCAAAGAUGGAAUAGCACUGAUCACUCUCAUGCAAGUUCUAGCUCCUGGCAAGAAGAUGCCUGGAAAACACAAGAAAAAUCCUCGAAUGGAUGUACACAAAAGAGAGAAUUUGACAAUUGUAUUCCAGUUCAUGAUCAAUGUGGAGAAUAUCCCACUUGUGAAUAUAGGUGCAAUGGAUAUCUACCAGUGCAACUUAAAGUUGAUCUUGGGUCUCAUCUGGACUCUUAUUCUCCGUUACCAGAUUGCAGGCCCUGUUGUACAUGAGGCACCUGACGACAAGAAGUCUGGAAAAAAAGCCAAUUCAAAGGAACAAAAGAGUGCGAAGAAGCUCCUCCAUCAUUGGGUAAAUGUUGUCAUUCCAGGAUGCAAGGUCACAAAUUUUUCACAAUCCUGGAACAAUGGACUAGCUCUCUCUGCCUUAGUGGACUACUGCAAACCUGGACUUAUCCCAAACCACGCCUCUCUCGAUCCGAACAAUGGGCUGGAAAAUAUCACGAAUGCCAUGGACAUUGCUGAGAAGGAGCUGGGUGUACCACAAGUCAUGCACCCUGAGGAUAUGGCUGUGGAGAAACCAGACGAGCUCUCCGUUAUGACAUAUGUCUCUGGAUAUUCACACCAAGAUUCAGCCGGUCAGAAAUCUCUUCUAAUCUGGAUCAACAUUCAGAUGCCGCAUUUCCAAGUUACGAAUCUUUCUUCGGAUUGGACCGAUGGAAAAGCCCUGGGAGCACUCACUGAUGUCCUUUCUGGAGGGCAGUUUCCUGAAUACGAAGGAAUGAGCUCUGAAACUCCCCUUGAAAAUUGCAAGAUUGUCAUGCACAAAGCAAAGGAGAUGCUAGAAAUAGAACUAUUGACCACUCCUGAAGAAUUCUCCUCCCUAUCCCUCAACCAGCUGACAAGAGUGUCGUAUCUUGCUCAAUUUCAGUCAUGCAAACCCAAAUCACUGAUUGAUUCCCUCGAAGUCAAUGGCAAAGGCGUAACAGGAGACAUAGUCAACCAAGAAACCACCUUCACUGUGUCUGCACAGAGGAUUCCAAAGUGGGCUGACAUUCGAGCAAAUGUGUCUACAGCAACUGGAAAAACGAUUCAAGUGACGAAACAAUUUCAAGACGAUAAAUCUGCCAAAUUUUCCUACACUCCUGAAGAACCUGGGGAAUUUGUCAUCGAUAUCUUCAUGAAUGAUUCUCCUCUGCCACAACAUCAUGCAACACACAUCAUUCCUACCUUCGUGAACAACUGUACAGCAUCUGGCGAUGGUCUCAAGAGAGCGUGCGUGGGCAAGAGGGCAGAGUUCACUGUCGACUGCGAGCAAGGAGGAAUGGGAGAGCUGCAAGUGAUAAUUCAGGGACAAAACAACAAACUGCCUGCUGUAAUGGAGAAAACAAAGCCACAAACAUUCAAUGUUCACUACACUCCAGAGGAAGUAGAUUCUCAUGAAAUUGCAAUCACCUGGGGCAGUGAACAGAUUCCCGAGUCUCCAUUCCAAUGUACUGUACUUGAUCCAAGCAAGUGCUCAGCCAAAGGCAAAGGAUUGACUGAUGCUAUCAUCAACGUUCAACACACGUUUGUCGUGGACACCAGGAAUGCAGGACCAGGAGAACUUUCCGUUAAAUGCAGGGGACCUAGUGGUGAACUUUCAGUCGAAAUCAAAGGUCUCCAAAAGGAAUUGUUUGAAUGCUCCUAUGUACCGAAAGAAGAAGGUAGUCAUGUUAUCGAUAUCUACUGGUCGGACAUUCCCAUUCCUGAUAGUCCCUUCAAGGUCAAUGCUAUUGUUCCAACUUAUGGCAACAAAUGUACAGCAUCUGGCGAUGGUCUCAAGAGAGCAUGCGUGGGCAAGAUGGCAGAGUUCACUGUUGACUGUGAGCAAGGUGGAGUGGGAGAGCUGCAAGUGAUAAUUCAGGGACAAAACAACAAACUGCCUGCUGUAAUCGAGAAAACAAAGCCACAAACAUUCAAUGUUUCCUACACUCCUGAAGAAGUAGAUGCUCAUGAAAUUGCGAUCACCUGGGGCAGUGAACAGAUUCCCGAGUCUCCAUUCCAAUGUACUGUACUUGAUCCAAGCAAGUGCUCAGCCAGAGGCAAAGGAUUGACUGAUGCUAUCAUCAACGUUCAACAGAUGUUUGUUGUGAACACCAGCAAUGCAGGACCUGGAGAACUUUCCGUUAAAUGCAGAGGACCCAGUGGUGAGCUUCCAGUGGAUAUCAAAAAUGUCCAAAAUGAAUCGUUUCAAUGCUCCUAUGUGCCGAAAGAAGAAGGUAGCCAUGUUAUCGAUAUCUACUGGUCGGACAUUCCCAUUCCUGAUAGUCCCUUCAAGGUCAAUGCUAUUGUUCCAACUUAUGCCGACAAAUGUACAGCAUCUGGUGAUGGUCUCAAGAGAGCGUGCGUGGGCAAGAGGGCAGAGUUCACUGUCGACUGUGAGCAAGGUGGAGUGGGAGAGCUGCAAGUGAUAAUUCAAGGACAAAAUAACAAACUGCCUGCUGUAAUCGAGAAAACAAAGCCGCCACAAACAUUCAAUGUUUCCUACACUCCAGAAGAAGUGGAUUCUCAUGAAAUUGCGAUCACCUGGGGCAGUGAACAGAUUCCCGAGUCUCCAUUCCAAUGUACUGUACUUGAUCCAAGCAAGUGCUCAGCCAAAGGCAAAGGAUUGACUGAUGCUAUCAUCAACGUUCAACAGAUGUUUGUUGUGAACACCAGCAAUGCAGGACCUGGAGAACUUUCCGUUAAAUGCAGAGGACCCAGUGGUGAGCUUCCAGUGGAUAUCAAAAAUGUCCAAAAUGAAUCGUUUGAAUGCUCCUAUGUGCCGAAAGAAGAAGGUAGCCAUGUUAUCGAUAUCUACUGGUCAGACAUUCCUAUUCCUGAUAGUCCCUUCAAGGUCAAUGCUAUUGUUCCAACUUAUGCCGACAAAUGUACAGCAUCUGGCGAUGGUCUCAAGAGAGCGUGCGUGGGCAAGAGGGCAGAGUUCACUGUCGACUGCGAGCAAGGAGGAGUGGGAGAGUUGCAAGUGAUAAUUCAAGGACAAAACAACAAACUGCCUGCUGUAAUUGAGAAAACAAUGCCACAAACAUUCAAUGUUUCCUACACUCCACAGGAAGUAGAUUCUCAUGAAAUUGCAAUCUCUUGGGGAAGUGAACAGAUUUCCAAGUCUCCAUUUCAAUGUGCUGUAAUCGAUCCAAGCAAGUGCUCAGUGAGUGGAGGAUUGACUCAAGCUACUGUCAAUACUCCACAUACUUUUGUCAUGGAUACCAGGAAUGCAGGACCUGGAGAACUAUCCGUUAAAUGCAGAGGACCCAGUGGUGAACUUCCAGUCGAAAUCAAAGAUCUCCAAAACGAAUCGUUUGAAUGUUCCUAUGUGCCGAAAGAAGAAGGUAGCCAUGUUAUCGAUAUCUACUGGUCGGACAUUCCCAUUUCUGAUAGUCCCCUCAAGGUUAAUGCUAUUGUUCCAACUUAUGCCGACAAAUGUACGGCAUCUGGCGAUGGUCUCAAGAGAGCGUGCGUGGGCAAGAGGGCAGAGUUCACUGUCGACUGUGAGCAAAGUGGAGUGGGAGAGCUGCAAGUGAUAAUUCAGGGACAAAACAACAAACUGCCUGCUGUAAUCGAGAAAACAAAGCCACAAACAUUCAAUGUUUCCUACACUCCUGAAGAAGUAGAUGCUCAUGAAAUUGCAGUCUCCUGGGGAAGUGAACAGAUUCCCGAGUCUCCAUUUCAAUGUUCUGUAAUCGAUCCAAGCAAGUGCUCAGUGAGUGGAGGAUUGACUCAAGCUACUGUCAACACUCCACAUACUUUUGUCGUGAACACCAGGAAUGCAGGACCUGGAGAACUUUCCGUUAAAUGCAGAGGACCCAGUGGUGAGCUUCCAGUGGAUAUCAAAAAUGUCCAAAAUGAAUCGUUUGAAUGCUCCUAUGUGCCGAAAGAAGAAGGUAGCCAUGUUAUCGAUAUCUACUGGUCAGACAUUCCUAUUGCUGAUAGUCCCUUCAAGGUCAAUGCUAUUGUUCCAACUUAUGCUGACAAAUGUACAGCAUCUGGCGAUGGUCUCAAGAGAGCGUGCAUGGGCAAGAGGGCAGAGUUCACUGUCGACUGCGAGCAAGGAGGAGUGGGAGAGCUGCAAGUGAUAAUUCAAGGACAAAACAACAAACUUCCUGCUGUAAUUGAGACAACAAUGCCACAAACAUUCAAUGUUUCCUACACUCCACAGGAAGUGGAUUCUCAUGAAAUUGCAGUCUCCUGGGGAAAUAAACAGAUUUCCGAGUCUCCAUUUCAAUGUUCUGUAAUCGAUCCAAGCAAGUGCUCAGUGAGUGGAGGAUUGACUCAAGCUACUGUCAACACUCCACAUACUUUUGUCAUGGACACCAGGAAUGCAGGACCUGGAGAACUUUCCGUUAAAUGCAGAGGACCCAGUGGUGAGAUUCCAGUUGAUAUCAAAGAUCUCCAAAAGGAAUCGUUUGAAUGCUCUUAUGUGCCGAAAGAAGAAGGUAGCCAUGUUAUCGAUAUCUACUGGUCGGACAUUCCUAUUGCUGAUAGUCCCUUCAAGAUCAAUGCUAUUGUUCCAACUUAUGCCGACAAAUGUACGGCAUCUGGCGAUGGUCUCAAGAGAGCGUGUGUAGAUAAGAGGGCAGAGUUCACUGUCGACUGUGAGCAAGGUGGAGUGGGAGAGCUGCAAGUGAUAAUUCAAGGACAAAACAACAAACUGCCUGCUGUAAUCGAGAAAACAAAGCCACAAACAUUCAAUGUUUCCUACACUCCUGAAGAAGUAGAUGCUCAUGAAAUUGCAGUCUCCUGGGGAAGUGAACAGAUUUCCGAGUCUCCAUUUCAAUGUUCUGUAAUCGAUCCAAGCAAGUGCUCAGUGAGUGGAGGAUUGACUCAAGCUACUGUCAAUACUCCACAUACUUUUGUCAUGGACACCAGGAAUGCAGGACCUGGAGAACUAUCCGUUAAAUGCAGAGGACCCAGUGGUGAACUUCCAGUCGAAAUCAAAUAUCUCCAAAAGGAAUCGUUUGAAUGCUCCUAUGUGCCGAAAGAAGAAGGUAGCCAUGUUAUCGAUAUCUACUGGUCGGACAUUCCCAUUCCUGAUAGUCCUUUCAAGGUCAAUGCUAUUGUUCCAACUUAUGCCGACAAAUGUACGGCAUCUGGCGAUGGUCUCAAGAGAGCGUGCGUGGGCAAGAGGGCAGAGUUCACUGUCGACUGUGAGCAAGGUGGAGUGGGAGAGCUGCAAGUGAUAAUUCAGGGACAAAACAACAAACUGCCUGCUGUAAUUGAGAAAACAAAGCCACAAACAUUUAAUGUUUCCUACACUCCACAGGAAGUAGAUUCUCAUGAAAUUGCAAUCUCUUGGGGAAGUGAACAGAUUCCCGAGUCUCCAUUUCAAUGUGCUGUAAUCGAUCCAAGCAAGUGCUCAGUGAGUGGAGGAUUGACUCAAGCUACUGUCAAUACUCCACAUACUUUUGUCAUGGACACCAGGAAUGCAGGACCUGGAAAACUAUCCGUUAAAUGCAGAGGACCUAGUGGUGAUAUUCCAGUUGAUAUCAAAGAUCUCCAAAAGGAAUCGUUUGAAUGCUCCUAUGUGCCGAAAGAAGAAGGUAGCCAUGUUAUUGAUAUCUACUGGUCAGACAUUCCCAUUCCUGAUAGUCCCUUCAAGGUCAAUGCUAUUGUUCCAACUUAUGCCGACAAAUGUACAGCAUCUGGCGAUGGUCUCAAGAGAGCGUGCGUGGGCAAGAGGGCAGAGUUCACUGUCGACUGUGAGCAAGGUGGAGUGGGAGAGCUGCAAGUGAUAAUUCAGGGACAAAACAACAAACUGCCUGCUGUAAUCGAGAAAACAAAGCCACAAACAUUCAAUGUUUCCUACACUCCAGAGGAAGUGGAUUCUCAUGAAAUUGGGAUCUCUUGGGGAAGUAAACAGAUUCCCGAGUCUCCAUUUCAAUGUGCUGUAAUUGAUCCAAGCAAGUGCUCAGUGAGUGGAGGAUUGACUCAAGCUACUGUCAAUACUCCACAUACUUUUGUCAUGGACACCAGGAAUGCAGGACCUGGAGAACUAUCCGUUAAAUGCAGAGGACCUAGUGGUGAUCUUCCAGUCGAAAUCAAAUAUCUUCAAAAGGAAUCCUUUGAAUGCUCCUAUGUGCCGAAAGAAGAAGGUAGCCAUGUUAUCGAUAUCUACUGGUCGAACAUUCCUAUUCGUGAUAGUCCUUUCAAGGUCAAUGCUAUUGUUCCAACUUAUGCUGACAAAUGUACAGCAUCUGGCGAUGGUCUCAAGAGAGCGUGCGUGGGCAAGAGGGCAGAGUUCACUGUUGACUGUGAGCAAGGUGGAGUGGGAGAGCUGCAAGUGAUAAUUCAGGGACAAAACAACAAACUGCCUGCUGUAAUCGAGAAAACAAAGCCACAGACAUUCAAUGUUUCCUACACUCCUGAAGAAGUAGAUUCUCAUGAAAUUGCAAUCUCUUGGGGAAGUGAACAGAUUUCCGAGUCUCCAUUUCAAUGUGCUGUAAUUGAUCCAAGCAAGUGCUCAGUGAGUGGAGGAUUGACUCAAGCUACUGUCAACACUCCACAUACUUUUGUCGUGGAUACCAGGAAUGCAGGACCUGGAAAACUUUCCGUUAAAUGCAGAGGACCCAGUGGUGAGCUUCCAGUGGAAAUCAAAGAUGCUGGCAACAAAACAUUUCAAUGCACCUGGAUUCCUCAAAAGAUGGGUGCUCACAAUUUUGAUAUCAUCCUGUCUGGCUACCCCAUUCCAACAAGUCCAUUACAAGUCAAUGCUGUCAUCUAUGCUGAUCCUGGAAAGUGCAGUAUUUAUGACCUCCCUCACGGUGAUUUGUAUAUGAAGAAAACUUAUACAUUCACUGUAAAGUCUGAGCAACCUGGCUAUACUUGUGACCUCACUGUCUUUCCUACUACUAAAGAAAGUCUUGAAAGCUGUGAAAUUAAUGGUGAUCGCUCUUCAGGAGUUUAUACUGUACAAUUUGUUCCUGCUGAAGCUGGUAAACUGACAAUGGAUGUCAAGUGCAAUGGCACCAACAUUCUUUCCAGCCCUUUGUCCUUCAAUGUUAUAGAUCUCUCCAAACCUAUAAAAGAACAAUGUGCGUUUCAGGUGAUGCAGAAUAUCGAAGAGAGUGUCAACAUACCUGCUGAAUUUCUUGAAUCCGAAAUGGAAUCUACACCUAGUAAUGAGAUCCCGAGUACUGAUGAGGAAAUGGUUCUGGAGAUCAACGAACCAUUGACUCUUCUAAUUGAUUUAGAGAGUGAUCAAAUUGGUAAAGAUAUAACUGCAACUGUCACUGGCGAGAAAAUGGAACCAUUUGAUGUUCCCGUGGUAAAAAAUUCCAACAAUUCGAUCACAAUUUGCGUCAGUGCAAAUGAACCAGAUCGUUACACUAUUCAGCUGAAAGCAGACGGAGAGCCACUACCCACUGGACCCUUCUUUGUCACCUUCAUUGAGCCCAUUAAAAUUAAAACUCCAUCGGAAACACAGACAGCAAAGUGGGAGCCAAAAGAAGAACGAAUUGUGAAAGUGUCUUACAAGUACAAGAGGAAGAUUAUCAAUGCUCAAGUGAGUCUCUCUGUUGACUCAAGCAUGGCAGAUGCAAUCAAUACAUCGAUUGCCGUGCAAGAAGUUGAAACAGCUGCACCCAUUCCAAUCUCUUUCUCCGAGCUAGAUGGAGGGAUGUACAAUGUUGAGUUCAUGACAACCAACGAAAGAGAGUAUGUGAUGGUGUUCAAGUACCGAUUGAAGAUUGUUCCAACUGCUCAAGACAAACACUAUGUUCUUAGUGUAAUUGCAUAAGCUUAGUUUCAUUUCAUAGCUCGAGAUCAUAGUUAGCUCUAUUCUAGUUUUACCCAUGCAGGAAACGUUUAGCAUCUCUAUAGUUCUCUAUUGUUUUUUAAUAUACAGUUUAGCAAUUAAUCAAUCUACCUAGAAUUGG